CAUGUGAUUCCUGUGUCUUGUCAACUUCAUGACCCUACCUUUUUCUAUCUUUGAAAGAUGAUAUUUCUUACUACAAAUUCCUUUCUUUGUGUUACAGUUUUCAAAAUUGGGGACCUUAAUAUCCCUUUUCUUUUUUUGCUUGUUUGUGAUGUGGAAAUGGUGGAUUUCUUACCUUUGUUUUGUCUGUUUUCUUAAAGUGAAAGUUGGAAGAGAUAUGGGUCACCCAUCUACAAGCGCAGCUGAAAAAGCUGGUUGGGAUUGCAUUUAUCUGUGAAUUGGGUUUCUUUUGGAUGAGAGUUGGAAUCCCAAGAAAGAGAAAUUUAAUCAUUUGAAUUUUCCAAUUUUCAAAUUUCAUCUGUUUUGGCAGUUUCUUCAGGAGAAUCUGAAAGAAUUUGGGAAGAGUACAGUUUUCUAUGAAUUUUCUUAGCUCUGCAUGAGAUUAGAUAAUUUCAAGAGGGAGAGAUGGAAGUAACAGCUCAGAAGAGUAUUGAGAGAGUUGUAUCACAGAGAGCUUUGCAAAUGAGUAACUCAUCUCCUUGUAAGAUUUGUGUGGUGGGCUUUCUCUUUGGCGCCUGUUUUACGUAUUUCUUUCUGGCUGUUCUCACACCCUCGAGAACUUUUGAAUUCGGGGUAUUAUUUCCAACUCCAUCGGUCACAGCUUUGAAGAACUCGAGCUCUUCAGACAUCAAUACAAGCGGAAGUGGCGACUGCGGUUCUGUACCAAAGGAAAUCGGGGGUGCGGUGGAUGACGAGAGAGUUUCGUUGUUAUAUUCUGCUUGGAGUGCUAAGUUGAAUAGAUCAAAAGAUGGGGAGGAAGAGUUUUUGAACCAUUCAAGCCUUCCUGAUGCCCCUCAUUUGGAGAACUGUGAAUUAACUGUGCAAGUCAAUCAACAGCUCGACAGCCACGGAGAGAACGGAAGCUUUCCGUCUUGGUCCAUUUGGAAGGGAUCAUUAGGUCUAUCUUUGACAACGGAUGGAGAACAGAGGGACUCACGGCACCAACCACAACAUGAAGAGGCUUAUCCUCCCUGGAUUGUAGGAUCCGAUGAAGAUAAUAUUCCUUUUACCAGACAAGUGCAACAUGACAUUUGGGUCCAUCAACACCCAUCAAAUUGCAGCGACCCACAAGUGCGAUUUCUUGUUGCUGACUGGGAGAGGCUACCUGGAUUUGGUAUGGGUGGCCAAUUUGCUGGAAUGUGCGGGCUGCUUGCUAUUGCGAUCAAUGAAAAACGGGUUCUUGUUACAAAUUACUACAAUCGUGCCGAUCAUGACGGAUGCCAAGGUUCGUCACGCUCUAGAUGGUCUUGCUACUUCUUUCCUGAAACAUCUGCAGAAUGUCGAGAUCGAGCUUUCGAACUUGUGGCCAGACAAGAUGCUUGGGAAAAUGGAAUUGUAACAGGUAAGGAGAAUUACACCUCAAAGCAGAUAUGGGCCGGACGAAUACCUAGAAUGUGGGGUAGUCCUUGGAACAAUUUGCAACCGACGACUGAGAUCGAUGGGACUCUAGUUACACACCAUCGUAAAAUGGAUCGGAGGUGGUGGCGGGCACAGGCGAUUCGCUAUCUAAUGAGGUUCCAAAGCCAGUAUACAUGUGGUCUGCUAAAUAUUGCUCGGCAUAUGGCAUUUGGAUUGCAAGCUGCAAAAAUGGUUCUCGGAAGUCUUGAUGCAGAGUGGCCAGAGGAAGUUGUAAACAAACCUCAAGCUGAUAUUGAACGGCUGGUAUGGUCGAAUCAUAAACCAUGGAUUCCUAGACCGCUCUUAAGCAUGCAUGUAAGGAUGGGCGACAAGGCAUCCGAGAUGAAAGUGGUUGGAUUUGAAGAGUACAUGCGCCUUGCAGACCGCAUCAGGAGGCGCUUUCCAGACCUGAAUUGCAUCUGGCUCUCCACUGAAAUGCAGGAAGUCAUCGAUAAAACACGGUUAUAUCCUCACUGGAACUUCUACUUCACGAAUAUCACACGGCAAGUGGGAAAUACGACGAUGGCUACUUACGAGGCGAGCCUCGGCAGGGAGACCAGCACAAAUUAUCCCCUUGUUAAUUUUCUGAUGGCAACUGAUGCCAAUUUCUUCAUCGGAGCAUUGGGAUCGACGUGGUGCUUUCUUAUAGAUGGCAUGAGGAAUACUGGGGGGAAGGUGAUGGCCGGCUAUCUAAGCGUCAACAGGGAUCGUUUUUGGUAAUUAUUCUGAGCCACGUGAUCCGUUUGUAUGCUAGAAAAUGUAAGUAUCCAUAUCAUUUUUGUUGUCCAUAAAUCAGCCUCGGCUUUGUACAGAGACGAAUAAGAUAGGAGGUUUGCCAAGCCCACGACCCGUACGGAACCCUGCCUGGUCACGAACGCACAUACCAAUAUGGCAAGCAUGUAAACGAUCUGAGCUUUUCAUCAGUUUCGCACACUGAUUAGAUCCUCCGGCUGGAAAAGAAAACAGACAGAUGGCUAGAAAAAUUGCUUUAGCCAUCCAUUUGUUCUGUAUGCAGUGGCCCACCUGAGAAGUGAAAUGGCCUGAUACAUUGUGCUAGAAGAUCUCAACAGUGUGUCCCACCUCAUGGAAAGGUCGGAUCACAUGUGCCAGCCAUGUUGGGAUGUGUGGCAGCAUGUGGAUGGGCAGGUCUCCGCACAUGUUUGGGCUCAGCACACCUCAUGAAGUAGAAACAAAAUUCACUAUCAGUGAGUAAUUGAAUAUCUUUUCUUUUUCUCUGUA